AUGGAUAUCGACUUUCCCUCUACCGUCAGCAAAAUAUCUAGACAAGAAAUGCAAGCUGAAUUUGAGGCAGUGACAGACAUCAAUAUACCAUCCUUUGAGAAGAUCGACCAUUCAAUGAACCAAAGACCCGAAAAUUGGGAUAAUGACGCCAUGCAGGCAUUAGAAUGGCUCGGUUUAGCGCAUUUGAAAGCAAAUCGUAUCAAGCAACGCAAAGAAAAGAUCGAUCCAUUCGUCUCUGUGUAUCAACCGCCAAUGCCAUUGUUGCAAGAUCAUCAUACAGGCACAUUGGUUAAAUAUAAAGGGUUUAUUCCUACUACAUGCAUCCAGAAUAUCAUGACCAUUAUUAGAAAAAUGAUGGCCUCAGGUACAACUUCUCAGUGGACCUCCUUGACAUGUUGGGGCUACAAAGACUCACCAUUCACUUGGAAUAAGAUUGGACAUUACGAUUACUUGAACAGCGAGAACGACUACACACUUUUAUUACUACCAAACAAAAAGACUGCCUACAGCUAUCAACUGUACGGCUCGCAUCACACCAAAUUUUAA